UUUUCGCAAAACUUACAGGUGUUGUGUUUUGAUAACUAUAUAAAUUGAAUUACCCUUCAAAUUUAAUUAUGAUUAUGAAUAAUGGUGAAACAGAAUUUUUUUCCGCAAUAAGUGAAAAGUUUUCUUCCUUUACCAUUGAUGUUUAGUUUAUUAUUUAGUCAUCAUAAUGACUUAAAGAUAUGCGUUUUACAAAAACUUCGUUUGAAGAGUUAAAUCAUGCAAAAUUUUUUAUGACAACAUAAUGAUGCAGGCUUUGUGGAAGAAAGCAGUUAUCUUUUUAGUUAUAAUAAUUGCCAUUCUGCAGGUUAUACAUAUGACUCUGCUUAGUAGAUUGGAAGCACGCAAAAAUCAAAGACAUCAAAGAGAAGUCACUGUUAGAGGAUGGGACACAAGUGUUCAAGAUUAUCAAGAGACAGAGAUUCAGAGAGACAGAGCCAAUAUGAUGAAAUCUAUUCAUCAGAGUAGUGUUUUAGAUUCAUCUGGUGAAUUUCAUAUUAUAAAUUAUCUCAUAACUGGAGAAUUAAUCAAAAAUAAUUAUCACUUGAAACAAGACCUUACUUUAGCUACACAAACAACAAUAAAUGGUCUUCAUAAUCUUGAUUUGCUUGCAUCUUCAUGGCAAGGAGUAAUUUCUGUAGCUGUUUUUAGUUUGACAGAAGAUGUUCCUUUAGCAGUAGAAACCAUUCUUCAUCUAAGGCGUUGCUAUCAAAAUAUUCGUUACAACACAAGCUUUCAUCUGGUGUACCCUUUAAAUGGUCCUACAAAUAAUGCAUUGCCUUCCUCAUAUCCUAAUGUUAAUUCAUGUGACUUUUUAGUAAAUAAUUUACAGAAACUUAAUGUUGGAAAGAACUAUGCACUGGGCGUUGCUUAUCCAAACAAUUUGUUACGGAAUGUUGCAAGGAGAAGUGCACUUACUGAGUUUGUGUUUAUGAUUGAUAUUGACAUGGUGCCAAGUGAAAACUUACAUAAUGAUUUCUUACAGUUUUCAAAAGAAAAAAAGCUUUUUUCAGAGACAAAUAAAGAUGAUAAGACUGUGUAUGUUGUUCCUGCUUUUGAAGUAAAAGAAGAUGCAACAAUUCCAAGAACUAAAUCAAGCUUACUUCAACAAGUUGAGGCAAUGGAAGCAAGGCCAUUUUAUUUUGAGCUUUGUUGGAAAUGUCAAAGACACACAGAUUAUGAAGCUUGGCAAAGAGAACCACCAUCAAAGAAACUUGAUGUUCUUUUUGAAGUUCUGUGGAGAGAUCCUUGGGAACCAUUUUAUAUUGGACGAAAUAACGUUCCAUUAUACGAUGAAAGAUUUCGACAGUAUGGAUUUAAUCGAAUUAGUCAAGUAUGUGAGCUCCACGUUGCAGGUUAUAAAUUCUCUGUCUUAAAUAAUGCUUUUGUAGUUCAUCGUGGUCUUAAAACUCCUCGUUCUUUUCACAAAGAUAAAGAUGUUGACCAAGAAAGAAAUCGUAUUUUAUUUCGACAAUUUAAAGUGGAACUGAAAGAAAAAUAUCCCGAUUCUUCUCGGAAAUGUUACUGAGUGAUAUUUUUAAAAUUAUGGUUCCAUGCGAAAAGGGUUAAUAACUCUGGUGACUUCAGAAAAUUUUUGGGAAAUGAAAUCAUACCAUGCAUAUGCAUCAUAUUCAUUGCAAACAGAUAGAUACAUGUAUAUCACUGAAAAUUAUAGAUUAUGAUAUAACUUUGUUUUGUUGUUAUAUUGGUAAUAUUUUGUUACAUCUUUAAUGGUAAGUGUUUUAAUCUUGGCUAAAUAUUAUGUCUUGCAAAUGUAUGUUUAUACAGCUAUUAUUUUAAGUUAUAUUUAUGUGAGAAUGGCAGAUAUCUGUCGCUGUUAAGAACUGCAAACCUUAAAAUAAUUGUUCAUUAGUUGUAUGAAUGAAAUUUUUAUUACAUGUGUAUUUAAUAUUUUUUAUAUCAUAAUUGGACUAAAUGUAAAUUUUUAGAUUUGUAAAUUUUUAGAUUAGAUAGCUUAAACAAAAUGGUUUUAUGUGCAUGCAUUUUUAUGUAACAAUUAACACAUCAUUUUAUGCUAAGAUCACUUUUAAUGUAAUUUAAUUGUUUUGUUAGUUACUAAUUGAAAUGGGUGUUCUAAAUUAAAUCAGUAAUGCUUAUAAUUAAUUACAUAGAUUGUUUUACGGAUUCUGUGUGCCCAACAUAAAGUUGAGCUAACUUUCUUCUGUGAUUUCUUUGUACGAUUGAAAAUGGACAAGAAUAUUGUCUUUUCAAUCAAGAAAUUUUGUGAGCUUAUAAUGUUUUUAUACUGAUUAGUAUUUUUUGUACUUUCUGAUUAUUUGACCUCCAGUUUCAACUUUUGUAGAACUGCUUAUUUUUGAUAUAUUUUAAAGUACACAUGUGACAAUAAAUAACCCAUACAUACAUGUAGCAUAUACAUGUCUGAGUGCAUGCUAAUUUACAUGCUUUAUAAUUUAUGGUCAUUUCACUAAACAGUGUCCACUGUAGAUAAAAAUAUUAAUCUUUACAUUUUUCCCCUCACAAAACUCUCUGUUUCUCAUAAUGUUUCUGUUUAUAAUUAUUUAUGAGUAGAACAGUAAAUAUGUACUGCAAAAAUAAUCAAACAAAUAUUUUUCAUCUGUUUACAAAAUCACUGAUGAGUUGUCAGUGGGUUGCUGAUUAUCAGAAAGUACUGUAUUUUCUUGAAAAUAUUAAUAGUUUUACUGCUAAUUAGUGAAACUGUUUAGCAGUGAAACUAACUAGUUAAUAAAAUUAAUUUGUGAGAAAAUUUCAAUUAUUAGCAGUAGUGAUAUUUUCUUGCAAAUGCUAGUUAGGUUAUUAAAAUACAUAGGACUUACAGAUAGAGCUUAUGAAAAAAGUAAUGGUGACAGCUGAUCUGAUUUAAUAAAUUCUGCUUUGAAUUUAAAGCAUAAAUGUGAUUAUGAUUUCACAUUUUCCAGUAAAUUCUGAAAACCCUUUUCUUAAAAAAAUAUGUGCGUUAUGCUUAGCAGUUAACCUAUUUUAAGUAUCAUAUUGAAUACUAUUUUGAUAUUCUUUUUAUGACUUCAAUUUUGAAGUAAUUGUCAAUGGAAAAAUUUGAUAUUCUAUUAGAAAAAUAACUACUUCAUAGAAUGAAUAUGAAUAGCCUUGAUUAAAAUCUAAGGAUUACUUUGAAUGAUUCAUGAAUUUCCAAUUCCUGAACCAUAAAUACUAUAUAUGACCUGUACAAUCUUUUGCAAAUUGGUAUAAAAGUAUAGGUACUUACAUAGUAAUGCAACCACCAUGGUGCAGUUUCAUAAUUUUUUACCAAAGAAAAAGAAUGAUGACUUGUAAUGACCAAAAAAUUAUUUAUUAUAUCCAUAUGUGCAUUAUAUUUUAAUCUUGAAAAAUUUAUCGUUAACCUAUGUACAAGUGGGUUUUCAUUUCUUCUGUUGUAAAAAUUUUGUGGCAUUCACUUUAAGAACAGUUUCAAAAUAAUUGUUCCUUUUUGUGAUUUUGAAGUAAAAUACAGUAUUUUCCUGCAGAAAUUUUACAUGUUCUUCCACUGUAGGCAAACAUGUAAUGUGAGUACAAGGUCAGUUCCCUUAGAAAGUCCUCCAUGAAGGCAUCCUUCCCCUCAGGUAUUCCUUUUCAAAUAACCUCCUCUGUCAACACAUUCCACAAGCAUGUGUUUUAAAAUCAAGUUUAAGAUAAAAAUAUAAUGAUUAGUUUAUAAAACUAAUAGGACUUGGUAUACAACAACAAUAAUGCAAAUGAAGGCAGUGUUGUUGCUUUUUAAAAUAGAAGAAUCGUUAUGGGCAUGGUUGUCCAAAAACUUUUAUGCAUGUGGUUACUAGGGUUUGAAACAAUCUGAAAAUUUGACCCUUUCUACUAAGGUGGUUGCACUAAUACAAAACUGUACCAAAACAUAACUUUAGAUACCUCUUCAAUAUACAUUGAGCACCUGUGUAGUAGAUAUAUGAUGCAGCAAAAUUUAUAGAUUAGUAAUAAAACCAUGCCAUAAUCAUACUUUUGAUUUAUUAGUCUGUAUACUGAGUAAUAGAGUAAUACCACUUGUUAGUAAAUGGUCGGGCAUGACCUUAGUCUGAUGAUGGCUCUACUGCAAUGCACAUUCUUCCAAGAAGCAUUUAUGUAUGCACCUGUGAGUGAUAUCUAAGGAUGCUUGCUGUAAGACUUUUUGCUUCCUUAGUUAUGGAGGCCGAAUGUGGAUAUGGACCAUUGAUGGUUUUUAAGAUUAAGCAACCAUGUGCCCAGUCAAAUAUACAUGGAUUUUUCAUGACAGGCAUUUUGUCUGAAAUUAAUCUCAUUAUGAUGAUACCUCCUUGGUUGACCUGGUCCCCUAUUCUAAUGUUUUUUUUUUUAUUUUAUAUAUUUAUUUAUUUUUUAUAUUUCUUUUAUGGGGGAUACAUCAAAGACGUUUUCUGAACACAUUGUGCAGUUAGCUAUAUUAGAAUUGACGAAUUAUUUUGGAGGUGGCAUCAUCAGUAUUCCUAGUGAUAUAUGGACAAUUUUCAGAGCUGUUUAGAGGACUCUCAAAUGAUGCAGCAGGAUCAUCAUUUGAGAGGGGUCAUAUUCAAACACCGACUGAUAAAUGACAUUUUUGUAACUAUUGUUUGAUUUAAAAAUAAUAAACGAAAAGCAGAUGUUCAUUUAUGGCAUAAUUUUGUAAUUAAGUGUGCUACGAUUAAAUAUGAAUGUUUUGCAGAAUAUAUAAUGAUUUGGCAAAAUGCCAAAAAUGAAUAGAGAAUUCUUCUGUAUUCCUCAUCUUAAUAAUUUUAGUUUAUAUUAUUUUCGAAGUAAAAUAAAAUUUGUUAGGCUUAAAGAAAAUUAAUUAACUUGAAGCCUGUUUUGAGGCUGCCAUCUUAACUGGUACAGAAAAAUUCAUUUGUUUGCACUUGCGGUGUGCAUUUUAUUGAUUUGCUUAAAAAUAUUUUAUGAUUUAUGUAUAUUGUAAUAUCACAGUCUGUGAAGUUGCAGGAUAAAAUAAUAAUAAGAUGACUUUUAGGUAAUAAAUCAUAACUAGUAUAAAUGGUUUGCUAAAUUCAAAUAUCUUAAUUUUGCAGUUUUCAAGAUUUUAGGAUCUCUGAAAAUGGCCUGAUUUUGGGUGUAUGUCUCAGGUUCUGAUAGUUUGAAAAUAAGUGAAAUCCAAGUCUUGAGUUAUUGAUAUCCUGAGCUCAUGCUUUCUUCUAAAAGCAGCCAUCAUAGGUUGCUGGAAUUGGCAAACAUUAAGCAUCAAAUUUGCAACAUGCAGCUUCAUUAGUGGCUAGUUACUAAUGGCCUAAAGCUUAAAAAACCAACAGAAAAUUAUUCUGUGUUAAAAGAUUUUUUUUUAAAGUAAUAUUUUUGUGUAGAAAAGGCAAAACUGACAUUUUGCAGUUAGAGAUUUUAAUAGUUGGUUAAUUGGUAAAUAUAUGCAGAAAUUUUAACAUUUUGUUAGUAUAGUGUUUAAAAUUGAAUUAAGAUGAUUCUUUGAUAUAAUAAUAAUCCUGAUUUUUAAAAGUAAAUUCCAGUAAUCUUGGUAAUUGCCAAGAUGCGGACUGCAUUGUGAGGUAAUAAAUUUUGGUUUAUGCUGAUAUUAUACCAAUAAUUUACAUGCAUAUGAAGCACCAUUUUAGAUGUAAAAUAUUAAUAAAAAAGUUUAGGUAAAGGAAAAAAUGAUUUUUUUUAUAUUGAGUUUUUUGUGUUUUUCAGUUUUUUUUUUCUUUGUCCAUGAUCUUAGCAUGUAAUAUUUAUAAAAAUUGCAGUUAAUUAUUUAGUAUGUAGCCUUUAUAUGCAUUUGAAAAAAAUAUUAACUAUAUGUGAAAAUAAUCUAGAGUCCAUUACCCUACCUAAGCAUGUUGGUGAUCGUUGGUUGAUGACCUAGUUGGGUGAUCGUGAAGGUUGGAUGAUACGGAAAGUAAUAAACGUGGCAUUUAAAACUGAAGAAAUACAUUCAUUAUUUCAAAAAUUACAUACUGGUAACUUGAGCAGAUUAUGAAUUUAUACUGUGUGUACCAUAAAGAAUUAUAAAGAACAAUCAGAUGUGAUGACAAAAGCUGGUAAUUGGCAUUUGUUUGCUUGCUGUUUGAUGUCCUCUUCUAGCUAGAUCUCACAAUCUCUGCAGAAGUAAAACAUCUUGGUUAAUGAAUUUUCUUCCAGCUGCUCCAUAUAUUCCAAUGCUACCUCCAAGGCAAUUUGUGUCUUUUGGUGUGAGAAAUUCUAUCCUUGCUUUCAGCCAUCACUACUAUAUUUUCAUUACAUCCUGUAUCUUUCUCGUUUAGCAUCAUAAUAACAAUUUCUUUGUCUGCCUGUAUAUUUCUUAUCUUGGAGGGGGGGGACAUUCAUUCAAGUCCUGAACUGUUACUUUCACAUUCAGGUACUUUGUUAGAAUAGACAACGAUGUCUCGUCUUGAUUAGGUCAACAUUUCCUGGUCAGCAUCUCUCAAGGUCAACAUUUUCUGGAAAUUCUUCUUCUUAGUCCUCACCUUCACUUGACAAAGUUUUCCAAGAUCUUUGCGAUUGUUAAGCUGACACUUUCCCCACUAUUAAGCUAUGUAAUAGGCAAUGUCCUUUAAGUUCAAACUUCUCAAACUCUUGAUCAUAUCUUCUCCUUAAUAAAUAGAAUCAAUAAAAGUUGACAAAGUUUUUCCAAUAAUUUCUUUUUAAAGUCUUCAAAACCCCUUGAUCCAUGGGCUGACAAAUUGUCAAAACAUUUGGAUGUAAAAAUGGCCUUUAUUUCUCUACUUUGAAGUACUUCAUUUGAGAAAGAGUGUUAUUUCAAAAGCAAUAGUCUUGGCAAAUUUUUCUUUUUUGCAAAACGUCUCAGUCUGUGGCAGAAAGUUAUUAAAAAAUACCAUUCUUUAAAAUAUCUGAACUCGCCCACGAACUUUUCUGCUUAAAAUAUUUGGCUAGAAGAGCAUUGAAAGCUCUUGAAUUGUUUGAUUUUCCUAUCAUAAUAAGUUUCAUUUUAAGCUUUUUUGUGGCAUUACUACAGGAAAGAAUCAUUAUUUAUUCUUUAUUUCACUUGUAGCUCGGUGCUGCAGUUUCAGACUUAGCUGCGAGUGUUUUAGCAGGCAGCAGUUUGUAACUUAGUCAUGUCUUGUCACAUUUAAAUAUUUGGUCUCUAGUCAAGCUUUCUUUGUCAUGCAACUUAUGAAACUUAUGAAAGUGAAACUUUCCACUAAAUCAUCAUUUGCUGAAAGUUUUUUUUCUAUGUGCAGUUAGCUGCUGUAUGCAACAUCUUUUUUUUCAUAUAUUGAGCAAUUCAACACUAGCUGUAAAUGUAUGGUCACUUUAAUUUAAUUUCUUUUAUAAUUCUUAGGCCUUUUUAUUGUACGAUUAGUCCAGUUAUUGGAACACUUUUAUCUCUGAGUUCAUUCAGUAAAUCAAAGAAACAAAGCUUUGCUAACAUUUUCAUACUCAUAUUUUUUUAUUGUUUUUCUUUGUUCCGUAGUGUUAGCUGUCACUUGCUUGGAACAUCGCUUUUCUCUUUCUUUCUGAUUCCUUUUCUGUUCUCCUACGUUAUUUUUGUUAUGUUUUAAUCAUAUGCCACUUUUGUUAAGGUUGUACCUUUAUUAAUCUCUUCUUUUUCUUUCAGAAAAGCUUUCAGUUUUUCUUUCAAAGAAACAUACACUUUUUUUCCUCUUUGAAGCCAUCAUAAUGCACCUCUGAACAGUACGUAAAUACAAGGUAGAAAUAUUUUAUUGUAAACCGGACAUUGUCACAGGAAUACAGAACAACCUAAAUGCCAAUUCAUCAGCAGUGCAAUUUAGUACUGAAACGGACACCUUGAGCAGGUACACACUACUGAUUGCAGUGUAGUGACUCGGAACUAAUUGAAUUGAGGUCAACAAUGAAGCAUAAAUGCUACUUAGUUGCGUUUGCUCAACAGUUUGUGAUCUUUUUUUUAUUUUUUUGGCUGGUGACUAGACCAGAUUAGCGUAGGUUGGAUGACAGGGAUUCUACUGUACUAAUUUUAUUUCAAACUCAUUUUUAAGUUAAAAAGUAUUUUCUACAAUUACAGAGGUAAAACAUAUAAUUGUGUUUUUAAGAGAACAUUAUCAGCAUAAACUUAAACAUUUAUUACUGUUAUGGCAAAAGCAUAAAUUAUAAUAUUUGUGGCAAGAAUAUUCAUCUAUUAUUCUUACAAAUCAGUGUUAAUAAUAUAUAAUACACAUUUGUUUAAUUUUUGAAAGUUAAAUUAUUUGGAAGAUAUUUUCCCUUAAUGUUUCUGAUAUUUCAGUGUUAGUGAUCCCAAAAUGUUGUAACUAUUUUCACGUUAUCUUACAAAAGCAGUGCAUUAUUUCUUAUUGCUUUAAACAGUUUAGAACAGAUGUGCCUUUAUGAAUUAGUUGUAAAAUGUACUUUUACAAUUGAACUUGUAGUUCCUGUGCUAUAUGUCAGAAUUAAAGCCAUUAAACUUUUUUCAAAAUUUGCCAAAUAUUUAAAAAUGACUCAUUAAAUUUUUUUUUAAGCCAUUUCAUUCUUGGCUAUAUAUUUAAUUUUUUUUUAUACCAAAGAUGAUUUUAAAGUUGCAUUGAGUAAAAAUGUGUAAGUGCAAUAUUACUAGUGAAAAUAAUCUGUUAGUCAUUCAUUGUUAUGUCAUGUUUUAUUGUAUUAUAUAAUUUCAUAUUUUGUUCAUAUUGUGAAGUUCAACGUAUGUUAAGUUUUCCAUGUUUCUUUUGUAUCUUUUUAAAACUAUAAUCUGUAGUAAAUAUAGAAUAUUGUGACAAAUGUGUUCAAGUUUAUAAUACGACUUUUAAAUGUGGGAAAAGUGCUUCUUAAUGUAUAAUUGAAAUGAUCAUGUUUGUGUUUUAAUGUCCUUGUAUGUUUAUGAUGACCAUCGAAGAAAACUUUUCUUGGAAAGUCUUAAGAU